CGGUUUCGUCACACGCCUACAUUUCCGAUCGCCAUGAAAGUAACCACCAAGCAAGGUUCCUCCCUGAACAACAGUAGAAGCUGCCACAUUGAAGCGGAACAAAAAGGCAACUUGACAGCUCUUUCUGCACUCGCUCCUCUUUCUCUGGGCUAGUCACUGGAUUUCAAUGUUCAUCCUGCGCUUUGCAUUCUGUGUUAACUUGGGCUGUACCUAUAUGGCGUGUGUGAGCGGGGAAUUUUGCCAGGCACAGCACCUCACUACUGUGGAGAAGUGAAUCGGCUGCCCCCUGAAAGACUACGCGACCCAGAAACCCCCUUGAUUGGGAUUGUCCUCGGAAGCGCUGAUUUGGGAAUAAAAAAAGCCCUCCUGGAUAACGCGUAGUCCUCGGCCCGACUGCCCCGCCGAAUCUUUGCUUUCUGCUUUCUCUUUGAACAGCCAAUCACAAACAGCUCUCCUGAAUGGGCCGUCUCGCCAACAUGAACCGCCCCGCUGCAGUCGAGAUUACCUACGAGUGCAUGAGGUUCCUCAUCACCCACAAUCCCACCAAUGCCACCCUUAACAAGUUCACAGAGGAGCUAAAAAAGUUUGCGGUGCACACACUGGUGAGAGUUUGUGAAGCCACUUACGACAAGGCUCCUGUGGAGAAGGAAGGGAUACAGGUUUUGGACUGGCCCUUCGACGACGGCGCCCCUCCUCCAACCCAGAUCGUGGACGACUGGCUCAAACUACUCAACACCAAGUUUCGAGAGGAACCUGGCUGCUGCAUCGCCGUGCAUUGUGUCGCCGGGCUUGGCCGCGCUCCCGUCUUGGUGGCCUUGGCGCUCAUUGAGAGCGGGAUGAAGUACGAGGAUGCCGUGCAGUUCAUAAGGCAGAAGAGACGUGGAGCCUUCAACUCCAAACAGCUUCUUUACCUCGAGAAAUAUCGACCGAAAAUGCGUCUGCGCUUCAAGGAUCCCAACGGGCACAGCUGCUGCGUGCAGUAAAGCAGGCCCGCCAGUACCUGAAUAUGCACCUCGAGCGGGAGGGGGGAGGGUGAAAAUAAACGAUGAGAGCGCUAUCAGUAAUUGUCGUGAUGAUUUCUAAACACUGAGUCAUGGUUAAUUGGACAGAGAACAAGCGAGUAAUCGAAUGAAAUGAAUUCCGAUGGCGGGGGUACACCAGCUAAACCAAUGAAUGGAAGGUCAAAGCACACAGACGGGCCCACCUCCCGGUUCUACUGUCAACCACCACGGCCCAUAAUUGUUUUCAACUAUAGUCCAUCCUGUUGUUUAGUUUUUAUAUAUAUAUAUAUAUAUAUAUAUAUAUAUAUAUUGCUUUUUCUUCCUCUCCCCCCCCCCACCUCAUUCAGUUACAAUUGUGGGAUGAUAUACUUCCAUUUUGUGAAUUUUAUUUUUAAUUUUACACAAACAGUGGUGAUGAAAGGAUGCAAUAUGAAAUAAUAAUCUGAUUUUUAUUCCUGCAAACAAUGAAUUUUAUGAUUGGAACAGAUUAAUGUAUCUUAAAACAUUUUUAAACCUAUUGUGACUGUCCAUUUUGGUAUUUGGGGUGCCCCCCCCCCUUCUCUCUUUAACUGGGGGCACCUGAAAAUGCAGUUUUUCCUUCACUUGUUUCAAGUCACUGAUUUUAAAGGUUCACAGAGUUUGAAUAUGUCUGCAAUAUUUAUUCACAAGGUGAUGUGUGGGAGUUGCAAGUUUGGCAGGGGGGCAAGGACACUGAUUUCCAAUCGUUUAUUUGUUUUCCUUCCUUUUGAGAGCCAUGUCAUUAUUUUGUGUUUUUCUUUUUCUUGGAGUGCAAUAAUUUGUCCACCCCAGUAAAGCCCACCUAGCGGCCGUGCCACCCUGCACACAUUCACCAUCAGAUAUGUUAUACAGGAAGAAACCUCUUGAAUAGGUACAUUUGUUCUUAACAGUGCAACAAUAGGAUUCCCUUUAUUAGGUGCACACCCACACAGCAUGAGGUCCCCCCCAUCUGAAAGGCAAAGUGGAGAAGAAUGAAUAUGGUCAGUUUUUUUUUUUCAAUUUUUUUUAAUUAUUUUUUUAAUUGUUGUUCCCAUUUUGAAAACAUCCCCAGUUCGUAUUGGUUCUUUAAAGAUAAAUAAAUUGAAUAAAAAGCA